UAUCGUAAAAUAAUAAAGUGAAAAUGUAGUAUUUAUUCUAUAUAAUAAGGUAUUUAAUUGCCUUCUACAGUCAAAACACAGAUAGAAAUCUCGUAUCGCAUUUCCGGGUUGUGACAUGGAGAGAAAACCAAAACAAAUAUGGAGGUUUUAGGUCGUGAAAAUCAGCUGAGUGAGUGAUCAAACCAAUUAACAAACUAUGGCUGCCCCCAUGGGGGACUCUAGGAAAUGGAGAAGAAACUAUUUGGUGGGGCCGAGGUCACAAGAACGCUUAAUGCUCAAGGAUCGCAUUUUAGAUGGUAUUUCAAAGUCGAUAAAAAAGAUACAAGAACUUCAUAUCACGAGAGGUCCCUCGUCUCCACUAGUCCUCACAAAUCAAGAUUGGGAGCUGAAUAAACUGUGUGAACACUUGGACCAUGCUUUGCUUCAUGGACUUCGCAGCGUGACCAGGGGAUACUGGAUGGUGGUGCGGGAAUUCACUCACAGAACCUCGGUCAAAGAAAUCAAAACCCUUACCAACGUCACCACUGAGCUGGGAAGAGGUCGAUCCUGGUUGUUUAUGGCCAUGAAUGACGGGUUACUGGAGAGUUACUUGCAUUGCUUUGAGAGUAAUGUGAAGAUGGUGAAGAAGCACUAUGUGAAGGAGGCAUUGGUGCUGGACAGUGAGAGGUUAGACAUAUUGGUAACACUAGUCUCAGGAUUGGACUUCAUCACAUUUGACCUGACCUAUGAUAUGACGUAUCUGGACUUCAGCUGUCACUGCCCUGGGGUGGACAGUCCAGACGAGGACAAAGAGGACCGAAUUUCCAUCUGCAGUAUGGAGAGUAAUGUGUCACAGAUGUUCGACCAUAACAAUGACAUGGCAGGACGUGCCAGGACGGAAUCCAUGCUGCCUUUUCCACGGUCACCAGGUCAUGAUGACCUCUUGCCAGUCAGACCACGGUCCAUCAGCUCACUGUCCUCACAAAUGUCCAUGCCUCAGUCCUCAACCGGGGACUUUUCUCGAGGAUCUUACAUUGAGGAUGAGGAUUUCGGAGCAGAAGAGGAGGAGGGCAAUAUAGAAGUCAUCCAUGUGAAGAGCAAGAAAAAGAAAAAGAAGAAAAAAGGCAGCAGUCAUGGUAGUAGUUCAAGUACACCUGCCACACCUGUGACACCUGUCACACCUGUUGAUGCACCUGUGUUUUGUCCCAUAUCACAUUCCAAUGACAAGAUUCCCAAGCCCUCUCUCCAGGAGGACUCUCCAUCCCACCCAACACAAUCGGGCCCUAAACAGGUGUCUCCUCUAACACAAUUAACAGCUGUCACUUCACCAGAUGAUGAUACCAAAGGGGACAAUUCUGUGCCACAGAAAUCCCGCAAAGAAACCACUUCUAUAGUCAGAGAUUCUUUUAUCAACAGUGAUGAACCUCCUGAUUUAGACCUUAUUGAGAGAGCCAUUUUAAACGGGCCUGCUAUUCGCACACAGCCCUCAGACACGAGCUUACAUGUCUCUGACAAUCUUCAGCAAUCUACAUCGUCAACAAGCUUUAAUAUUUAUGAUUUCAAAAAUCGUACAAGCAUAUCCAGUCAGGGUAGUAGCGGAGGCAGCAGUGCCUCUGUGUCUGGGUUGUUGGUAGGCGGAAAAGAUGAGCACGCUUUAUUUCCACGGAGACCAUCAGAUUAUAAUAAGUCAGACUUUGAAGUCAUCACAGAAGAACAAGACCCAGGAGCUGCUGCCGGGGCUGCAGUGGAGCCACCGUCGGAGAAACAUACAGAGGAUGAGCCCAAAAGUGGGAAAAAACAUGAAGCAAGUGAUUUAGAAAAGGCUGAUGAUUCCAAUCUGUUGUCACCUACAGACAUUUUAGAUGGUGCUUUACAGACAGGAGAGAAAGCAAAGACUCGAAGGGAAAACUGGGGAAGGGCAAAAACGCAGAGGGCAAGAAGUGGUGCUUUUAAUGAAAAUGAAAAUUUUGAUUUUAAAGUCAACGAGAAAGGUGCUGAUGUAACUAUAUCUCUUACAAACACAGUUGGGCAAAAUGUGCAAUUAGUGGGUAAAGAUUAUGAAAAUUCCAAAAUUCCAAGUUCACAGCUUGUCAAGGAGCGCAGAACUAGUGAAAGCAUAUACAGUGACAAAGACAAACUGUCUGAUAGUGAGGACAAAACGGAAAGCAUGAUUGGUCAUUCUGAUGGUGACCUUGACCUUGGCCUUGACCUUUCAAGGACAGAGGAUCAGCACCAGCAGGAGACUGAAGACACAGAAUCAGCAGAAGAAUAUAUUGAUGAAGAAGAGGAAAGGGUUAUUAUGAGAAAUUCAGAAGGGAAAUCAAGGCAGUUGGAUAUUAGACUGGACAACAACAGCAAACUGUUUCUGAUGUUGGAAGUUUUCCAGACAGAGGAUGAACAAUUUUUAGCGAUGUACCCCACCACUGUUGGCCAUACAGAAGGGAAUACGCAGAAGGUAUUUGUGAUGUUGACAUCCAACGCCCUCUAUAUUCUAACACCAGGGCCUGGCCGAGGCAAAUACAACAAGGAGACGGUGGUACGAUACCAGGAGAUCGACUAUGUUGAUUUGUCAGUAAACUUCCAAACAGUUCACAUAGUUUGCACAAACAGAAGAAAACAGCACUGGAUCACAACUGGAGAUGAGGAACUGACCAAGGCUAUGGUGAAAUCACUGGAAGAGGCAGUGCGUAACUGUGAAGUGGAUCUCCUGCGACUCAGCGUUCUCACUGAUGCCACCACACAGAAGAUAGCAAUGAAGAAAUGGUUAGCACAAGAAUGCGGAGUAGCUUCCAGUGAGGUGGAACUCCUGUGUUACAGUCUGGUCAGUUGGGAGGACACACAGUCCAAAUCUCGGAGUGGACUGGCCAAAGAGGGGACGCUACUGGUCAAGACUCCCAACAAUCUGUACGGUCACACGUGGAAGGCUGCCUUUUUUGUACUUAAAGAUGGUAUAUUGCUCCAGUUUCCAAAUAAAAAUAACACAAAAGAGCCAGAGAGAACAAUCCAAUUAGGUGGUGAAGAUUGCUGUGGCUGCAGACGAGCUCACGUCUCGGACAGGGAGAACUGCUUUGAGAUUAUCCUCUCAGACAACAGCACAAUUCAGAUGUCCGCAUCAAAUGAAUCAGAGACGUUUGAUUGGCUUCAGACUCUGUGUAAGGCUGUUUCAGAAGGAAUGGGGAAGACGAUGUUGCUAGAAGGGGCUCCUGGUGGAGUGGGUGUUCUGCCCUGCUGUGCUGUGCUGACUCCUAACAAGUUAUUCAUGUGCCAUGAGGACCUGCAGACAUAUUUCUUUAGAACCAUAGGCUCUGCAAAUGUGUUAGAUGUGACAGGCAUCACAAUUGACCCCACAGACGAAAGAUAUUGUAUUGUGGAGUUUGAGUCGCAGGACAGGAAAGUCAGCAGUGAACAGUGGAUCCUAUAUUUUGCAUCGACAAAAGAACAACGAAAGUUCACCGAAGCCCUGUCUGAUGCAUGGAAGAGGCAUUUUCAGGUCUCAAUACCAGUAAACAUAUUUGAGGACAUGACCUUACAGUGGAAAUGCAAGGAUACCUUAGCUAAUGCUUUGGCUCCACUAUCAAUCAGUUGAGACCUUUUUUGGCUCUCACUCAUACCAAAUAUGUGAAAACUAUGUUUACCAUAGUUGCCGAAGACCUGAUCUCUUUCCUUUAGCAGUCAGCGAAACCUGUUAAAUAUCAAUUAAAUGUUACAUCUAAAUGUCCAGUACAGUGGUCAGGCCUGUUAUCAGUCAGGCGGGGUCAGUUACAGAGUGGACAUCAAUUACAUGUUAAUUGUAAGUCAAUUGGUCAUUUGCUGACAUCUUUUAUCUUCAGAGACCAUUUGCCUGCCCUCUGUGUGUAUCGAUUAUCCAAGACCUUUUAUAGAUUAACAGUUCCCUUCUUCACAAAAUGCUCAAUAAACUUACUUGCUCUGUGUUAUAUGCAAGAAAUACAUUUUUUCUCUUUCCAUUGUCUUCUUCUAAAUGCUAAAAGUGGCUAUUUUCUGAAAGAAUUUCAUGCUACAAUUUUCAGCAUUUAUUUUUUUGUAUUGCCAAGUUCCAUGCAGUCGUUCAUAAAAAGAAAAACCUUUAAUCUCCAAGACUGGAACCGCCAUGUAUCAAAUAUAGAUCAACUAAAUGGUAUCCAGCAAAUGAUCCCAGCCGUGCCAACUGCUGUUACCGUGACCAGAAAUGUAAAAUUAAAUGACGAAAAAAAAAGAUCACAUGUGGUUCAAGUGUAUACUAUUUAUUUUUACCAUCUUAUUGAAAAUGUAAUAUGUACAGUAAAUGACUAAAUAUAUAUUAGGUUAGUAGUAUGCACUGGACUUCUGCAUAUUGAAUGCAGGUUUACUUGUAUCAUAAAAUUGACUUCCCUUUUUAUUUAUUUUCAAUUUUUUACCAAAAAAAAAAAAAAAAGAUAAAUAAAGCUACAACUAAUGCUAUGAUUAUAUAUGAUUUUGAAGAAAUAAUGGUAAUAAUUUAAAAUAAUUACACAAGUCUGUGAAAGGUUUCCCUAUAUUUAUAUGGACACUUGCACUUACAAACAAUUGGGUUUGUGCUGAAAACUUGAUUAUGUAUUUCAACUACUUUAAACAUUCAGCGAUGUAAAAGGGUUCUUAAAUAAACCGUGGUCUUGUUUCUUUCAUUAUUAAGUACACAGAUAAACCUCUGAUACCACUGAAAACUUGUAGCAUCAUAUUUUAUGGUGUUGAAAGACUAGCACAAAGGUCUGCUUUAAAAUUGUUCAGGGCAAAAAAGCCACUCCAAUCCUUGAGAUGAAUAAUCCCUGUCCUGAAGACAACACGAAGUACCCAUUCUCCAAGAAACUUGGUCAACAAAAGCCAGCAUGGAAAACCCCAUUCCAUCUUCAAACAAACAAGGACUUCUCUCAAUUUUCAAUUCCGAGCCCCAACUUGAGUGCACUGGGCACACUUAUAAACUUUUUUUUCUGUG